CCACCCGACGAUUGUAGUUCGGAACGAGAAACAUGUUCAACGAUUUCGCGGGUCUCCCGCCUGACUUAUCUGUGGAUCUCAACUAAGGAAAUUCUGCACAAAACACUCUUCAAAAGACCACAAGCCAUCCACUGAAGCGUUUGACUCCAGACACUGCCUGUGUCGCCCAACUACAAUGCUGAGGUAACCAGCGAGAUACAGACCCCUCAAGGUGACGCAACAGCUGGACCAUUCAAGAUGCCUGGAAAGAGACGGCACAAGGAGGUGAUAGAGUCCUCCGAAUCGGAUGAGGAUGACUCUUACGAGUCCAGCAUGGAGAGUGACCAGUCAGCGUCUGAACCGGAGCAGGUUUUCUGCAAAUGCAGAGAGCCCAACACAGAACAUAUGAUUGGCUGCGAUGGUCUGGGGUGCCUGUAUGAGUGGCUUCAUUAUGAUUGUGCCGGCGUCGACCCCAAGAACAUACCCAAAGGGAAGUGGCUGUGUCGAGAUUGCUACAAAAAACAAACAGAGGAGAUACCCCAGAUUCCAUCCGGUCAGUUUGUGUGGCCGGCUGCAAACCUUGACAAGGAAACUAACUCUGGAAAGGCAGCCGACUCAAUCAUGGAGAGCUCUCUCAACAAAGCGGAGGCUCAGCAUGUGAGUAAUCUGAGGCAAGCAUGCGACGCAGUCAUAUUCAGAGGGAAGAGCGUAAGUGACACUGCCCAGCAGUACAGAGUCGGCCGCUACGUCCUGAGCGAUUACGUCAACGACCAGCUCAAGCGCAAUCUGACCAAGGCCUGCGAGGGCGUCUUGGACAAGACGUACUCCCUGCAGCGGGCCUCCGUGGUCUUUGGUGUCAUCCCGGCCAUUUUGGAGGAGAGAGUCAAAGCGGUGGAGAGCAAGCAGUUCACACCGGAUUGUCGCCGAGUAAAUCAGUCUCUGACAAGCACCUCCUAUGAAGAGAACCUACAGCAGGCCUGCGAAGCCGUUUCCUCAGACGAGUUGACAAUCGAUGAGGCGAGCAAGGCCUUUCAAGUCCCUCUGGAGGGACUCAAGAGCAAGCUUAAGUCGGUCCAGUGGGUCUUUACCACUAAGGAAGAGGACGAUCUAGUCAAACUGUGCAUCAAACUAACAGUGCUUGGAAAAUCGUCCGAUGUCAAAACCAUCGUCAUGUCCAAGAUCAAGCAGCUCUUAGAUGAAGAGGAGUCGCUAGGAAUUAAGAGACUGAACUCCUUCCCAAAUAACAUGCCUGAUGACAUUUGGUGGGACGCCUUCCGCAAACGGCACCCAGAGUUCAGAGCGAUGGAUUCUGCUGAGUCAACCGAAUCUAAAGAAGGUGUUUCGAGCCAGAGUAGCUCAGUUGCAACGCCUCAGAGUAACUCAGUCCCUUCCAAUGUUGUCCAGAACCAGUUUUGGACUCCACCGACUGAUAUCAGCUCAGAACCAUCAAAUGUUAGGCACGUAGUGCCCACAUCCCAGAGUAACAUGGUAACAUCUGGUGGCAUUCUGAAACCAUUGCCCCCUCAGUCAAUCAUUCAAAAGUCUGUUUGGAAUAAUAAUCAGCUUGAACUGAGACCAAAACCGCCCACUACAGGUCAAAUGUUUUACAUUAACAACAAGCGAUAUUUUCUGGUCGAGCAAAGUCCCCUUCCUGACAAGCAGGCUACUCCAGUCCCUGAGGCUGGUUCAGAAGAAGUCAGUACACCUAUGCCAACUGUCUUUAAUCAACCUGAGGGUCAAGUUGAUGUGAGUCAGUCCCUUGAAGCCCAGAAACAAAACAGUCACCACAAUGGCAGCACAGAAAAUGUGCUCCCUACAGCAGCUGACGACGAUUGCAAUCAACAAAACUUGGAGAGUGGUGCGGUGGAGAUCAAAGAUCCCGAUGUGGUUCUUGCUGCCGACAAAGUCACACAGGAAGAUACCGAAGUAGCUGACAUACUAAACAGUGCGCAGGAAAACACUGAGAUUUCUGAAUUUCCAGGCAGUGAGACAGAGCAUUCAAACUCAGUUGAUGGUACACAAGAAGUCAUCCUGCCCAGUUUGGACGUUGGAAGUAAUGAAGUUGUACAAACUGACGCGGCUGUUUCAGAUAAAGCUUCACCUGCAUCAACAUUUGGCGAUCAUGAAUUUCCACAGAUAAGUGUCGUAUUUACUGGUAAUGAAAAAGGAAAUGAGAUUUCUGUGCCCAGUGUGGUCAGUGGAUCUGAUGGAGCAGACCAUAUUAAUCACGUUGUUGCAAACGAAGUUGUGGCAACAAGUUUGGUGUCUUCUUACAGUGCCGCUCCUUCCGUUGGGGAUGCUGCUACUAGUGAAGCCUUGCAACCACAGAUCAGCAAAGCAAAUGAACAAACCUGUGUAGCUGUUGGUGUCAGUGAUGCGCUUCAAUCCAACCAACAAACUGGUCCGAAUGGGACUACUACUGGAGCCGAGAUUGCUCAACCUAACCCAGUGGUUGCAAGCAUGGCCACCCCUCAGCCAAACCUCAAGUUUCUCGCCAACCAAUUUGCACCAUAUAACGUGAGGGUUGUAGCCAACCAGGUUGUGCAAGCACAGCCUUCUUUCAUUGUACAGCCCACUCCCAUCAUUGUAGCCAAUCAAGUGGCACAGCCCAGUCAGGUCAUACUCAACAAGAACUUCAUCCAGCCCAACCUGGCGGCCAACAGUAAUCAGGUCCUGGCGCAGAAUUAUGUUGUUGUCCCAAACAGAAUAGUCCAGUCGAAAUCGGCCCAAGGAUUGCCGCUCGGAGCCGUCAAGAUAAAUCCAGUUGGAAGCAUGCCGCCAGACAGCGCCAAAGUCGGUAUUCCCAAUAAAGAGCUGCAAACGUUCCUGGGUGCGACGAGAGGCAAUGAUGGGACGCCGUUGGUGAUGCCGAUGUCCGGUACUCGCCCAACUGAGAAGCCUUUGCCACAGCCUCAAGUGAGAGUCUUCGUGGCCAAACACAAAGUUGAUAAGUCCCUGCCUGAUGCCUUGACCUGUCUUGAAAAAAAUCUGACGGACAAACAGAAGGAAGCCUUUGCGUUCCGUCUUCAGAUAGGUGAUGAUCGUCAGGACGAUGCUGUCUACAAUGCUUGGAGAGCACUCAAGAGGCUGUAUCAUCACAAGAACAUCUACUCCAUGUACGAUAAGAAGUCUCCAAAUGUAAACAAGAUACCUUUCUCUUAUGAUGUGCCAGUGGCCACAAAACUUCUCAAAACCCCCCUCAUGGAUCCAGUGAGCUAUGAUGACCACAUCCCAAAGGAGGACGAUGAGCAGGGCCGGGCAGGUAACAGGCCCAGCUCCAAAGUCUUAGUAGAGCUGCGCCGCGGCCGCAAGAGGAGGCGCAUCACGGCGGUGUUGGAGAGGAGGAAGGGUGAGAGGAGGAACGGACAAGACGCCAGGAGGUUCUUAGAGCCUUGGAGGCACCGGAUGAAGAUGCCCGGUAAACGUAAGUGCUACAUCGCUAGAUAUGCCGAGGAGAGUUUUCCUGAAGAGGAUGAGGAGGAGGAGGAGGACAAGAAUGAGGAUGGUGAUGAGGAUGAGGAUGAGGCUGAGGCUGAGGACGAGGAUGAGGACGGGGAUGAGGAUGGGGAUGAGGAUGAAGACGAGGACGAGGAUGAGGACGAGGAUGAGGACGAGGAUGAGGACGAGGAUGAGGACGAGUCAGAGGACGAGUCAGAGGCAGAGAUCUCGAAAUGGACGUUGACGACUCCACACUCUGAUAAAUAUUUCAGCUAAAGAAUCUUCGGUCGUAGCUUUUGAAACUGAACCAGGAAACAGUUCAUGUAGCCUCACCCAAUGAUGUUUUGGCCAGUCACAGCCGUGACUGCUCAAGUAAAUAUCUGACAAAUAAUCCAACACGCAUGCACUCGUGUAUAAAUAUGAGUGCGGCUGGAGCAUGCAGUGUGGCAUUUGAGACACAGUUGUUGCCGCCAACGUUUGCUGUGUGGGCGGGGCUUACUAGCUUGGGUGAUUAAUGCAGAGAUCUUUCUGAAAAUUUCUCUCACUGUCGGCAUUAUAGCUUUACAGGGUACAUCAACUUUACAAGAAGAUAAAGUGCCCGCUGUGCUUAUCAAUAGAUCUUUGUCCAUUUUUUUUUACUUGGGAUCACAGUCUUGUGUUUUCUGCUGGUAUGAUGUCAGAAAUUUCUGUGGAUUCAAAAUUUCAAAUGAAUCAACAGGAAUGUUCACAGGAGGUCAACUAUGAGAUGGUUGAAGUUUUGUUCACGCAAACUGGAAUGCUCAAUCCUGAUUGGUUGAUCCAUGGCAACAAACAGUGUAGUAUUAUACCACAGUCCACACCACACCCCACGUAUCGCGCUAUUCUAAGAUAAGCACACUAGGUACGUUUAAUAGGAUUACCCCUGAACAGGUUGUGUACAGCAUGGACAUUGCAUCUUUACCGUUUGUCAUGUUUGCUUGAAGUUAAAUUUGUAAUACCACUCAUGCUUGUGAAAAACUGAAAAUGUAGUGCGUCAGUGUUACAUAUGCCUGGGCCCAAUUUCAUAGAGCUGCUUAAGCAG